AUGGAUGCCCAAAGCGCCUUCUCCUCGAUUCUUGCUGUCGAGAGUAGCGCUAAGCAGUUAGCCUCACGAGUGUCCUGCCUGCUGGAGUCUCUCAAGUGGAAUCUCACCACAGCAUCAAAUUGUUCCAGAGAGUACAUUGACCUCUACCAGGCUUCGGUUUCACAGACCUGCAAUGAAGCCGAUGCAAGCAUCCGGGUACGUCUUAAAAUCGCUUUUCCCUCCUCCUCCUCCUCCUCCUCCUCCUCCUCCUCC